UUUGCUUAGAAUAUAGAGGUAUUACUAAUGUGCAGAGAGCUUUGUUUUGGUGCAUGGUCCCAUAAAGUUUAGCUUGAAAGAUUGAAGGAUUACAAAUUGGACUUCGAUCUUGAUGUUUGUUUUGUGUGCAAGCUCUACUGUUUAUUUUAUAGAUCAAGAAAGUUUUAUAUAAAACUAUUGUGUGCGUCUUAGGGUAACCAAGUGGAAAAAGAGAAUUAUAGUGCAGUUUAAAAUAGAGCACUGUAAAAUUACAGUUUUGAUCGAUGGUGUGUGGUAUACAGCUGUCAAUGCUUUUACGAAAUUAUGAAAUUAUACGUGAUUAGAAUUUCGUUUGCAUAACAUUUUGGCGCAAAAUGAAUCUAGGUUAACUAGAUCAACGUCAGUGAAGUGUUUACAAUCUCCGGACUGAAGAAAUUGCGCAAGAGUUAACGUUUACGAAAACAGAAAAUAAGAUUUUUAGGAGAUUUGGAUAAACCAGGCUUGGAUUUAUGAUAUUUUGUUAUUGUGUCGGAGUAAUCCUAUCCUGGACUUAUUGUUGUAUUUGAUUGGGAUUAAGAUAUUGGUACAGAAAUAUCGGUGUUAUAUACUUAAUACAAGUUGAAAGACAAUUUUUCUGCGACUUAAAUUACCCAGAGAGUAUCAAGUUUCAAGUUGUGCAGAUUUUUGGAUAGUUAUAUUGACAAAGUGGUCAAGGUUAUAUGUAUGUUACAUAUAUUACCUGGGCCAAAGUUUGCAUAAUUACGUAAUGGAUAUAUUGGAAUAAUUUUUAUGUUGAAGAAUAUUUCUUAAGAAGAGAACUAUCAUUAUUGUAAAUGUUACUCAAAAACUGGAAUAUGAGCUAAAAAAGGAGUGUUUGUAUUUUUUAAUUGAAUGAGAAGUUGUUUUGAAACUACUGUGAAUUUGCGGUGAUAUUACGUGAUUUUGUGACAGUAAUAAUGUAUAGGUUUGAAAUGAUAUAAUGUACUUGUAUUUGGAUUGUUAACACGGUGUUGGAUUUACGAGAGAUAUUAUUCUUCGCUUGUGAAACCAUUCUUGGUUUCAGUUUUGGUAAAGGAAAAGAAUGAGAAGAUGCUGUGUUCUGAUUGGCUGCCUCAUUUUGGGUUCUGUCUUCUUAUUGGUCAGCACAGAAGACUUAGGUGCAUAUGAAUCACAAUGUAACGUUAACAGCGACUGUCAACUUGGCUUUGUGUGCAUGUCCCAAAAAUGUAGCUGCGACAGCUCCUACGUGUACGAUUUGCGGACAGAGUCGUGCAAGAAAAUCUGCCGUGGCUCCAAUGAAAGCUUUGUAAAACAUGACUCGUUCGACCAUCAGUAUCAAAUCUACAAGAACCGUUACACGAACUGCUCGUACGUUGAUGGAAACCUUGAACUCACAAACCUGGAAGGAUCCUAUGACCUCGGUUUUCUCAAAGAUAUUGAAGAAGUGGAUGGUUACGUGUUAAUUCUGAAUGUGUUUUCAAAUUACCUUAAUCUUACAAAUCUCCGAAUCAUCAGAGGCAAGGAGUUAUUCCACCAUAGAGAGGAGGAUUAUAGUCUAUAUGUCGCCCUGAAUCAUAAUCCCUACAAUGACACACAAGGUCUUCUCGAACUACAAUUCAACAGUUUAUCAGAGGUCGUGCGAGGGAAGGUGCACUUUCUGAACAAUAACUUGCUGUGUUUUGCGAAUACGAUACGAUGGGACGAUAUCAACCCUUCAACGAGGCCAGCAUUCAGCAUCGUCUUCAAUUCCAAGAACUACAAAAGACAGUGUCCCCCGUGUCCAAAGGAGUGUUAUGAUGUCAAGACUGGAGAUUACCAUUGUUGGGGAAGUGGGCCGGGAAUGUGUCAGAAAUUAAACUACAUCAAGGAAGUGUGCUCUGCGUCGUGUGAUGGGCGAUGUUUCGGCGACCAGCAAAAUCAAUGUUGUCAUCCUGAAUGUGCUGCAGGGUGUGCUGGACCACGGAAAGACCAGUGCGAUGCAUGUAAGAAUUUCUACAACGAGGGCCAGUGCCACCCUUUCUGUCCUAUGAUGCGAAAAUAUGACCAGUCCCUAAUGAAAUGGGUGGAGAACCCGGACGGACGAUACUCUUUUGGCUCGCUUUGUGUGAAGGAGUGUCCCUUGUACCUUGUUAAAGACAAUGAUGCGUGUGUGAUCAAGUGCCCGGAAAACAAAAAGCCCAACCCAAAAACAAACAAAUGUGAGCAAUGUGACGGAGCAUGCCCGAAAAAAUGUCCUGGUUUAGAUGACAGCUCAUUCCUGAACAGUAAAAACAUCGAAGACUUCAGAGGCUGCACAAUAGUGGAUGGAUCAUUGAGUAUACUUGGAGUGUCAUUCUUAAGAGAUGUCCAUCUUGGAACAGUUCCGCUAAAGCUCGAAGACCUGAAUGUCCUGAAAGAUGUUCGGACAAUCAAUGGCUACCUAUCCAUCCAGGAACUUCCUAACGAAGCAGAGAGUAUCUCCUUCUUAAGCGGGCUUGAGAUUAUAAAUGGGCGAUUUUUAACAUCAACAAGCCAUGCUUUAAAUAUUCUAAAAAUGGACAGCAUAGAAUAUGUGGGGCUUGUUUCCUUGAGGAAUAUACGUAAUGGCGGCUCGUUGUUUGCACACAACAAAAACCUAUGUUACCUUAGUGGCUUGGAUAUGAGUGAAAUAUACUUGACAGAAAAACAGAAGAGCAGAAUGUUAUUCAACAAGCCCCAAGAGGAAUGUGAUGCUGAGGGCAAAACUUGCCAUAGUGAAUGCUCAAAGCACGGAUGCUGGGGUCCUGGACCAGAUAAAUGUCUCAAGUGUAAAAACAAACGUGUGGAGACAACAAACCAGUGUGUCGCAAAGUGCACAGAUGUUCCUAUGUUGUAUGAGGCAGAAAACAACACCUGUAGGGCAUGCCAUGAACAGUGUGCCGAAGGAUGCUCUGGUCCUGGUGAUGACCAAUGUUUCCAGUGCCUGAAAGUAAAGGUGUUGGGCCUGAAUAAUACCGCUGUGUGUAUGACAGAAUGUCCUGUCCCCCUAGAACCUCCCUUCCUUUACCCUGAUGAACAGAAAAUAUGCCGACAGUGUGACAUGGCCUGUGCUGAUGGAUGUACCGGUAAUAAGACAAUUGUUGGUUUCGGUGGGUGCAUGACCUGUGACCUGGCUAUAAAUAGAACCAUUGAACAGGACAGCAAUGGUACAACAGAAAGUGAAGUGCUGUGUCUGAAUAAAAGCCAGGUGUACUGUCCAGAUGGCUACUUUGAAAAACAGUACCGUUCGAAGGUCCCAAAUCAUCCUUUAAAUAAGAAACAGGUAUGUCAACCAUGUGAUCCGAUGUGCCUCACAUGUUCAACAGAGGGUGUGGCAAACUGCCCUGACUGUCGAUAUUACCGAUAUGAAAACCUCCGAAAAUACUCCACAUGUGUAGAAUCCUGCCCCAAGUUUCACUACCCUGAGCAAAAAGACUGUUCUCCGUGCCAUAAUGAGUGCCUGAAUUCCUGCACGGGACCCACAUCUAUGGACUGUGAUAACUGCCGCAAAUUCAAGAUCAUUACCAGUGUAGAAAAUGGAACAUUUAAAUGUGUGGAAGAGUGCCCAGCCAGCCUACCCUUCCUUGUGGAUGAUACAGACCCUGAUAAGCCCACAAUGACUGUGUGUGCCGCUGAUGACCACCCAACUGUGCUGCUUAGGAAGGCAAAGAGCAAGGAAGAGGAGAGAAAAAAGAUAUUGUCCAUAGCUAUUCCGACAGUGGGUGGGGUAUUGUUGCUAGGGUUACUGCUGACAUUGUUUGGUUACUAUUGGCGACAGAGGGAACGCGCCAAGGAAAACACAAUGAAGCUGACAACUAAGAUGAUGGGUGUAGAUGAUACUGUGCCACUAACACCAACUGAUGCAAAGCCAGACUUGUCAAAACUGCGACUUAUCAAGGAGUCUGAGCUGCGAAGGGGCGGAAUUAUUGGAUCAGGGGCGUUCGGCACUGUGUACAAGGGUUUCUACAUCCCAGAAGGCGAAAAUGUCAAAAUACCCGUAGCGAUCAAGGUUCUUCAGGAUGGGACGUCACCCAAUCAGAAUCAAGAACUUUUGGAAGAGGCUCGUGUAAUGGCUUCUGUCGAACAUCCUUGUUGUAUCAGAAUUCUUGCUGUCUGUAUGGCUUCUCAGAUGAUGUUGAUUACUCAGCUGAUGCCCCUUGGCUGCUUGCUUGAAUAUAUCAAGAAACACAAAGAAAAUACUGGAUCAAAAUCCCUGUUGAAUUGGUGCACACAGAUUGCCAGGGGUAUGUCCUACUUGGAAGAACGAGGUAUUGUCCACCGAGACUUGGCUGCCAGAAAUGUCUUAGUUCAAAGUGCCGGUCAGGUGAAGAUCACAGAUUUCGGCCUCGCGAAACUCCUGGAUUAUAAUGAAGAGGUGUACCAAUCUGCUGGCGGGAAGAUGCCAAUUAAAUGGCUCGCGUUGGAGUGUAUCCAGAGCAGAGUUUUCACACAUAAAUCUGAUGUCUGGAGCUUUGGUGUGACGGUGUGGGAGUUAUUUACCUACGGUGGCCGUCCUUAUGAGUCAGUCAGGGCGCGCGAUGUUCCCGACCUUUUGGAGAAGGGCGAGAGACUUCCGCAACCAAAUAUCUGCACCAUAGAUGUCUACAUGAUUAUGAUCAAAUGUUGGAUGUUAGAUGCAGAAAGUCGUCCUUCCUUCAUUGAACUGGCAGAGGAAUUCUCAAAAAUGGCCCGAGACCCUGGACGUUAUUUGGUCAUUCAGGGAGAUGAGCUGAAGAAAAUACCUUCGGAAGAAGUUUUAGACAAACCUGAUGAUUCACGCAUUGUAGAGGGAGACAAGUUGAUGCGACUCCCGAGCUACUCGUAUGACAAGGAUGAUUUGGCACGCCACCUAAGCGUUGGUGACGCUGGCACUGAGGAGGUUGUGGAGGCUGAAGAGUAUUUACAACCCGCGCCACCACCACCCCUGGAGCUUGAAAAUAACAAUUUUAAGAUGAUGGGCGCUGGAGCAUCAAAUCGUCCAAUAAGGGAGAAGCGAUAUGGCCAUCUUGAAUCUGCUGCUGUUGCUAAGCAACAAAGGGAUUUAUCACCUAACAACCGUCUCCGUGUCGACAGCUUUAAUAGUAGAUACUGCUCAGAUCCAGUAAAAUACACACGCAGUAGAGAUGAGCCAGAUGGUCGAGUGGGAAUACUAAAGCAUCCCCCAUCCCCACCCCCUCCUCCUGCCCCCCUUGGUAACGGGAAUAUUCCUGGGUACUCCCCCGGAUAUGGCCCCUAUAUUCAUGGGCCUGAAUCCAUACCCUCUCAACGGCUAAAUCUUCCGUUGGACGAGGAUGAUUAUUUGCAACCCAAGUCCGUUAAUCCUAAAGCGUACUUGGAUUUGGAAAAUAAUAAAGAAUAUUAUCUCAAUGAAAAACAGAUGUCUCAAGCAUCCAGGCAGCAGCCUUAUACCGACCCCUCAGACAAUUACCUUGUUCCAAACUCAGUCCCAACCAUUUUUGAAAACCCCGAUUAUUUCGAGGGUGAUCCACGUGACAGUGUGUUUGAUCGAAAAACUCCUCCGAGACAUAAUAGUGAUUCGUCAUGGAAAAGCGUGAAUAAACCAAAGGUUGCGCCGAAACCGCGCCGAUUGACUGAUUAUUAUAACGACCUCGGCAGUUCCGAUUCGUCACAACCGGAAAGCCAGCGACUGUUAUCCAGUACAUCUAAUUGCUCAAGUGCUGUGUAGCUGCGAAUUAGGAGGAGUUAUUUAAAUUGUGGUUGGAGAUAUAAGUGGUUAUUUACUCCUUGCUGUGUAAGAUGAAAUGUGCAAAUUGUGAUUCGAUGAAAACUCGGGGGAUGUAUAGUUAUAUGUAAUUCUUUUUGGAGAACUUCUAAAAAUAGACUGUUAUCGGAAGUCUUCGGAGAGCGUUGAAAUAUAAACUUUCAAAGAUGAUGGUUUUGUUUUUUACAAAACAAACAAAGUUUGUGGUUCAAAUCGUGAUUUUCAUCAUUUCUAUCUUGUAAAAAAAAAAAUGUGUCAGUUUGAAAUGCAAUUUGUACUUGCAUAAUUAUCAGAGAAAUGCAAAACUUGGCUGUUGUGAUAUAUAAAAAUUUGUAAGAUAUGAAAUUUUACAUGUCAUUAGUGUGAAUUUUAAAUUCUAUCAUAUAAAGCACUUCAUGGAAUUGCAAAAUUACUCCGGAACAUUCAUAGUGCAUGAAUGCACAAAAAAAUAUAAAUGAAUCCUUAAUUGAGUGAGUAAAAUGUUGUGUUAAGUUGCAGCAAAAAAAAUUGUUGCUAUCGCAUUAUAUCGUUAUUCAGUCACGAAUUCUUGUAAAUUGCUCUCUUGUUCUGUUGCGUAUUAUAGAAUGAUAUUCAAACGUGAUCUCUCGUUUAAACCAGUAACGGUUAUAUUUGAACAAAGAUUUAGCACUUUUUAUAAGUGAAAUAUUUGUCUUAAAAUAGAACUGUUGAAAAUAAACUCAAUGUAUUACAUAUGAUGUAUUAUAUACACUAAAGAUGCACUAAAAUUAUUCCUUUAAAAUAUUUUUAUUUGAAGGUUAAUGAAUAAUUUGUAAAAACAAUUAUUUCUACUAUCGUUACAACCUGAAUGAAGUUUAUUAGCGUUAAGAGGUUGUACAGGUCAAUAUAAACGUUUAUGAAAUUCUCGUAUAACGUAUUGUUUUUGCACCAUGCAUUUAUGUGAUACUGUGAAAAUGGCAACUUGUACACCUUCAAUGAUUUUUUAUUUAUAUCUGAAGCAUAUUUCUACAGAUUUUGCAAAAAAAAUCUUGUAAAAAUCUUCUAAAAAAGUGGUGAUUGGUAAAGUAUAACCUGUGGCUAGCAAAUUUUUAGACUGCGCGAAAAGCACAAGCUCGAAGAUUGAGGCUAAUUGGUUUGUGCAUUUUUAGCUCAUCUGAUUUUUUAAGGGAAAAGUUGAGGUAUUGUGGUGGCUUGGUGUUGGCGAUGGCGUUGGUCAAAAACUUGAUUAAGAUAUUCAAAUGAAGCUCUCCUUGGUACAAAAUUGCUUCUGGGAUUUUUUAUAAAACAGCCCCUAACAUCUGGAACAUGACAAAAUCACAUUGAUCAGGUCAUUGUGUAAAUUCUGUAGAAAUACAGCUUCAGAUAUAUUGAUUUUUUUUUUACAAUGCUUUUUGUAAUCAUAUCUGUGUAACAUCACCGCUAAAAUUCAGGAUCCUCGCUAAAAUUCAGGACCAUCGUAUAACUGGUUUUAAAUGAAGACUUCAUGUAACAUUCAGACCCAUCAGUGUAUUAAGUUAAACUUAUCAAUAAACCAAAUGUCACAAGAUAAAUAUAUCUGGGUACGGCCACAAUAAAUAAAUAAUUUGUUCGACAUUUUCCUGCACACAAUUUUAUGUGUGGUAAGAAAGGUAGAUUUUUAUUGAUUUUUUUUUUUCAUACAAACCAAUUAAUUGUGUAGUGAAAAAGGAAAGAUAAAAAUGACCACCUGCCAUCAGAGAUGCUCAAAACAAUUUAUGGUCACAUAUAUUUUUGUGACAGGAAACCACAAUAAAGUUAUUUGUUUAUGUUGGCCUUAUAAGUAAGGAAUUAUACAUUCACAUGAUUUUUCUGGGUUAUAAGUUCAGACUUACUUUUAUUUGAAUGUUUUAUCUCUGAUGUCAUUAAUUGAUAAUAUCACUGAUAGUAAAAUAUUCAUGUAUGUUAAGGAGUGACAGCAUAUCGCCCAAUCAGCUUCAAUGUAUAUCUCCCUAUCAGCAUAAAUGUGGCAUAAUAUUUAGGUCAUUUUAAAACUUUCAUUCCUGAUAUAGGUUAAAUUAUAUUAAAUAAGCAAAUCUAUUUGAAGGCUUUAAAGCACACAUGAACUGUAUUUUGACAUGCUAUUUAAAUAUAACGAUGUAAAAAAAAAAAGCGAUGAAUUUUGUAGCUAACACCAGAGGCAGUUGUUACUAACAGUCUCAAUUCUGAGUUCAGACUCAAGACUCAAUAUGGCAAAACUUCAUUUCAUUGUGAUUUUCCUUCUAUCAAACCAAUUAUGGUGAAAUUUGCUAAAAUAUGUAACACUUUAAAUGUUUACUGUUAAUUACCUGUUACAUCUUUUUUUGUAAAAGAAAUGGAUUAAAUAUGAUUUUUUUGUUCCUUCCUGAGUCUGAGUCUAGACUUGGACUUGAGACUGUUCGUAAUCACGGCUCCUAGCUGAUAUUAUUAAGUUUGAAUUGCUUCCUAUUGCAACCACGUUUUUAACUUGUCUGUUUUUGGUAGAAGAGACCAGACAUCGUCAUCCUUGACAUUGUUGUCGUUGGCAGAGGCAGCGUGCCAAUACUCUAACCUUGGCCAUUAAACUAAAAUAACAUAAAAGAUAUUCAAGUGAAACUUCAUAUGAUAAACUACAAAAACAAACAAGAUUGUACAUGAAAAAGACCAUGGUACAACAAAAUUAUUUGAAAGUAUUGCAUUUACAUUUUUAAUACAUAAAGCUGCACUCUCACCGAUACACAAUUUUUACAACUUUUUUUGUCUUGGAAAGAGCAAAUUUUUGCGUAAAUCUGCAAACUAACGAUAAAAGAUUUCUGACAAAAGAUCAGAUCGCAGAUUUUCAUAUUUUUGUUAGAAAAUUAAUAUUUUAUGGCUUAAACAGUUACUAACGGUUUAAGAAAAAUGCAUAAAACAUCAAUUUUAGAACUUAGAUAUAAACAGCUUUAACGUUAAAAUGUUCCUUUAUGUAUUUAAAAACCAGAGGUUUUAAGAAAUUAUUUUUAGCAAAUUUGAUUUUUAGCAUUUAUUUUUAAAAUACUGAAAAGUGAAUAGCUGUUUACUUUUUGAAAUGUUUAUGCCAAGAGUGUAUUUAACAAAUAUUUAUAUCUGAAUUAUUUCAUCUUUGUAAUUUAUACUAUAAAUUUUUAUGAUAAUUAUUUAAAAGCGAUUUUUAUUCAUAUACAUAUACAUGCACAUUCGAUUACUUUGAAAUGUGCUUCAAAGUGGAAACAAGCUUUAUAAAGCUAUUUGUAGAUGUUUUUUAAAUCAAUAAUGACCCGAUAGUUCAGAACUUUGAUAAUGUUAACAAAGUUGUUAACAGUUUUGUUGUUAACUUUUAUAUAUGUGCUGAUUUAAUUAAGUAAAACAAGCAUAAGGUAGCUGAAUCUUUAUAUUGUCUUUAUAUUUGUGAAAAGUACUGCAGAUAAAAAGUGUGUCCAUGAAAUGUUUAGAGAAUUGAAGGUUUGAAAGUUAACAAGAUCCAGUUAACAACAUUGUCAACUUUAACAAUGUUCUGACCAACAGGCCCAUUAUGUAUAUCAAGGUCAUUUGAAUAAAAGACUCCCUUUUGAAAUAUUUUUAAUUGUAUAUAUAUAUAUAUAUAUAUAUAUAUCAUUCAUUGUUAAAAAUUGUUUGUUCAUUGGAUAAGUUUUGAUACUAAUUUAAAUUCUUUUGUAUCGCCAUUAUUUUAUACAUAACUGGUAAGGACCAGGUGUUUUUUUCGAGAGAAUUUAUUUUCCAUUUUCUACAUCGUUUAUCGGCAUAAAGUAAUGCAUGUCAUGCUUUAAAGGGACUUGUUCAAAUUUUAUGGGGUCAGACAGGGAAAAAUCGAAAUUAAUAACUAAAAUGUGGAAAAAAAAGUGAUAAACAUCUCGUGUAACAUCGUGCUAACGAGAAUGAUUACGAUAAUUUUGUAAUAAUUUGAUUCGCAAUUGUUGUAAAAUAAAUAGGUUUUAACUAUUAAAAAAGAAUUAUCAACAAGAGUUUAAAUAAGAGUUCUAUUUCUAACAGUUAUUUAAAAAAAAAUGCACUGUUUUGUCAAAAAGCCUCGGUCAUGCUGUUGAAAAUUGACUGAAUUCUGAGGAUUUGAUUUACAAAAUUUGUGUCAGGCUAUUAUCUGCCAGUUCUUGUAUUUUGUUUGUUGCUGAAAGUUAAAUUAAAGUAGCGUUAUUGGAGCAAGGUUGAGAAAAUAUGUUACCCACAUAGAAUUUUUAAACGAGUCUUUUUAAUAGUAUUUGACCAUGUUUUUAAACAUGUAAGUGAAUUUAUUUUGGAAGUUUUAUGUUCAAUUUUAUUUUUCUAGUGUUACUCAACUGUUAAGGUUUAAUUUGAAGUUGUUUGAAUUGUUCUUUUUAGGCUGUUGAAUACAUUUUAUAACAUAAUUUCAGGUGUUACUUUAAAUCGUAAGUGCAUAAACAUAUGUUUAGUAAGGCCGCGCCAGAUGCAUUCUAUGCUUAGCGUCACUCGAUGGGUAAAUGAUCCACAUUCAGAAGACAAAACAGAAGUGAGUAAAAAUAAUUAAGUGCUUGUUUAGGCUUAAAUUAUGGUUGGGAUAAAUUGUUGAUGGGGUAUUGUUGAAAAUCAAUCGUUUACAAUUGAAGUCUCCUAUAAUCGAUAGCAUUAUCUCGGAAUCCCCUAUGGCUAUGUGGCUCUUUAUUCUCAUUUGAUAGAAAAAACUUCAUAAGAAUUUACUUGAAUCAUUCACGGUUUAGAACACAAAUGCACUUUUAUAAGAUUUAAACACUUAAGUUUAAACAUAUAAACGUUAAAUUUAUAAAACAUAAUUGAUAAUUGAUUGAAAUGGCUUGACCAAUUAUUAGUUCUGAUGAUUGAUUAUGAUUUUAGACUGAUUUUCAGUUCCUAAGUCAUAUUAAUUUAAUUAGACCUGCAAAACUAAUGCAUUUGAGGUUAUCAACGAGUUGAACGUUAAGUGGUCAAAUUUGUCUAGUGAAGCAACAUCUAGUGUCCAUACGCCAUUAAAGAGGGUUUAAGCGGGGGGGGGGGGGGGGGGGGUAUUCCAUGCAUUUUGUUUGACUUACCUGAUGGGUGAUGCUAAACUUAGAAUUAACUUGAAUUCGAUACGGCCUUAAUAUAUGAAAACAUUCCAAUGAUUACCUCGACUAAAAUUACCAAAUAUUCUUAAAUACAUGUAUUUAUCUAAUCAAUGGGCUCAGCUUAUUUUUUUUAUCUUUUCUUCAAUUAUUCAUUUAAGUGUAUAAUACACUUUUUCCCCAAUGUGAAAAUUUCCAAUUUCAUGCUUUGAAAAAAAUAUUGACCAGCAACCUGUUUUUUUGUCUGGAAGAGUUUGUGUUUUCUUCAAGAAUACUAACAUUCUUCAGUAUUUCCUGUUGAUUUUUGAAAGCAUCUUGUUCAUUUUUUGGCAAAACGGCAGUUCCCAAUAUUAGUCAAAAUUAAAGGCACCGGGCAUAUUGCCAAAAUGGUGUACAAACAAACCCACUGCAUAUAGUCUUAUAUAUCAUGUUCUUGUUUUAUUCUCAUGAAGUCAUUGCUAUUCACUGAUCUCAUUUUUUCAGUGCCAUUAUAUCAUAAACUGUCCAAACAAUGCUACAUGUACACCAACUGUAUAGUAUUCCAGUAAUUCAUAACAAUACAAUAAAGUACAUGUACCCUACCAGUGCAGUGCAGUGCAGUACAGUUCAGUAGAUAAAAUGACAGUAAACAACUGUACAACUCAUUGCAGUACUCUACAAUGUAGUAGCUAAACUCAGUAAACUACCCUGAACUACAACAGACUACAAUCAUUAAUUAGUACAGUACAAUUAAAUAUUAUAUUGCAGAUGUAAUUACAGUAAACUACACUACAGUACAAUUCAAUAAAGUACAGUACAAUGCAAUACAGUACAGUACAAUAGAUACAAAUUACAGUUAACUACACUACACUACAGGACUGUACAGUACAGUACAAAUUACAGUAAACUACCCUACACUACAGGACUGUACAGUACAGUACAAUGCAAUACAGUACAGUACAAUAGAUACAAAUUACAGUUAACUACACUACACUACAGGACUGUACAGUACAGUACAAUGCAAUACAGUACAGUACAAUAUAUACAAAUUACAGUAAACUACACUACACUACAGGACUGUACAGUACAGUACAAUGCAAUACAGUACAGUACAGUACAAUAGAUACAAAUUACAGUUAACUACACUACACUACAGGACUGUACAGUACAGUACAAUGCAAUACAGUACAGUACAGUACAAUAGAUACAAAUUACAGUAAACUACACUAGACUACAGUACAACAUAAUAUAAUGCCAUUCUGUACAAUUUAGUUAAAUGCAUUAUAAUACAGUACAGUAUAUUCUCAUAUAUCAAACACUUAUUUUCCAGUAGUCAUGAUUAUAUAAAAAAUGGCAUUAAUUUCAACCAUCAAAAAGAAGAAAUUCUAAAUACAAAUCUGGGACAAAAGCUUGAUUUCAUUCUAUGCAAAAGUCAAGUUUUAAUUACAUGAUUUCUGUGUAUAAUUCUAUUUCAUUUCUUCAUUUUCAAGUUGAACUGUUCUUGUAACUCAUUUCUUAAUCAUCUUAAGGCAAUAAUUAUCUGUUUAUUUUGUGCCAAAUACAUGAGUCAUGUUACAUUAUGUGUUUUUGAAUUACUCACUUUACAAUUAAGAGAAAAAGGAAAACUGUAAUAAAACAGGAAUUAAACACACACAAUAUCAUCAGGUAAUUUUGUAUUAAUGUUUUUUGUUUCAUGUUUGUGUUACAUGUAAACCAUUGAAUCUGUGUUCACAAUGUUUUCAAACAUGAUGAGUGAAAUUUGUUUCUAAUUAUGAAGUACUUGACUGUCAAUAUUAAAUGUAGAUUUAGUCCUGUAUCAUACCAAGUCAUGCAUCAUAUCUGUAUCACAAUUAUCUGCCUGAUUAGUUUUAUCACUCGUUUAUGAAUAAGAUUUUUUUUUGUAAUCUAAAAGUAGGAAAGUCUAUACUAAUUAAUACCCAAUUAAUAUAAUCAUGAAGUUUUUUUGUUUUAUUUUGGGUUAAACUUCUCUAAUAUUAUAUACUUUCUUUUAACUACAGCUCUCUCUAGUCUGUUUUAUAGUUUUAUUAAUUUCCAAUAUGUUCCAUACAAUGAUAAAUGCUAAUACAUGAAUUUUGACUUUUUUUACAUAUCGCCAUCAUAUUCAUAUAAAACAUAUCUGAGUUUAUCAUUAAAGUGCUUAUUUUUAUGACAAUGAUGUUUAUCAUGUUAUGUUAGUUAUUAAUACUUUUAGAAGUCUCUUUUGUAUUAUUUUGGUUGCCAGUACUCUGUACUAAUGAUGUAAGUCACAAUGGUAUAUGGCAUCCAGUUGGAGACACACUUGUAUGUUGUUGUAAAUGCUGUUUGCCCGCAUUUAAUUGAUGAACAAAUUUAAUACUGUAUACUAAAAUAAAAUGUUUCUAAAAGUG